GUUGCCCGUCUUUUCGUUGUGCAUUCUGUGACCGCGUUGUUAUAGGUAUAGGGGUGUCAUAAGCACAAACAUGCGAUAUAUUUAUUAUGUGUGCCAAAUUAAGCAGUAUGGUUAAAACAAUGAACUAUAUUGGAGCCAUAAUUAACCGCCACCACCAAUAUUGUCCAAGUUCGGGAGCUGUACGUAAUCGGUACAAGGGUAAACAUUGAUCGGCGGCCAUGAACAGCGCGAUGGUGGACGUGCUAUGUGACCUGCUGGGCAGCGAGGAGGACCGCGAGGCGGCGCGCCUGCUGGGAGUCAGCGAGGCGCUCCUCGAGCCGCUGCUGCGCGACCCCAGGCUCCCCGAGGAGGAUGACGAGGACGAGGACACGCCAGCAGGGUCGCUCGCGGAGGAUGAGGAUUCUGGAGGUCAGCCAUCUCCGUCAUCAGAGGCUCCCAGGUCAUCUCAAGAAUCUGAGCUGGCCAUGUUGUACCGGUUGCUGGAUCCAACUCAUGUGACACAGCCGACCCCACCGUCACGACCAUCAGAAUCAUCACACUCAUCACAGCCAUCAGAAUCAUCACACUCACCACAGCCAUCACAGUCGUCAAAACCAUCCGAGGACGCCCGACCACCCGGACGCCCCGGGCCCUCCCAUGCGCCCCACCCGUCUUUGGCUGGCUCACUCCCAUCACCCCUACCGCGUCAACGGCCCCGGCCGUCCGGCGCUGUCGACUCGCCCCAGCGAGCUCAACAGCGCGACUCAGCCGGCACUGCGGCGCUGCUGACUCGGCGGACUCGGCCUCCACGGAACCUGACCUUUCGACACUGGGUCGAGCCCGGCCAGAGGGCGAAAAUGGGCCUGAAGCGCCCCUGGCGCGAGGAUGGCGGAACCUCUGAGCCCGACGCCAGGGGCAAACCCUCCAGGAAACCGCGGCCUUACGACCGGUUCUUCUUCCGCAACAUGCUGACGGAUUUGAGCGAGCUCGAUUUCUGGCACCAGUUCCACGUCUCCAAGACGACGGUGCAGAAGCUGUGGACGGACCUGGCGCUGCACUACAACGGCGCCCUGAGCGGCAAACACAGCUCUCGACCUGCCCGACCGCUGCUCUCGGUGACCAUGAUGUCGCUGGUGAUGAUGCCGCAGGUGACCAUGAUGUCGCUGGUGAUGAUGCCGCAGGUGAUCAUGAUGUCGCUGUGGCUGCUGAACUCGAAGGAGUUUUUCCGAGCGGCGGCGCAGCGGUUUGACGUGCCUGUCAGCGGCCUGUUCGAGGCCUUCGGCCACUUCUGCUCCAUGGUGGUGGCGUGCUAUGGACCGCUCAUCGCGUGGCCAGACCGGACCGAGAUGGCGACGGUGCGGGCCGGGUUCCGCCAGCUGACCGGGGUGCCCGCCGUUCUGGGAGCCCUGAGCGUCACCCGCGUGCGCAUGUUCCCGUCCAGCGAGGACCGCGAGCGGUACAGGGACCAGCUGGGCCACAGCAGCGUGGCCAUGCUGGUGGUGUGUGACCACCAGCUGCGGUUCCGGGACGUGUUCGCCGCCUGCCCCGGCAGCUUCAGCAACACCGAGGUGUUGCUGAGUACGCCCCUGUACAGCCAUCUCCAGGACGCCGCCGAGCGCGCCACCUUGCUGCCGGACCGGACGGUGCUGAUUGGCCACGGCGGCUUGCCGCUGACAAGCUGGCUGAUGCGGCCGUACGGCGGUGGCGAGACGCUGACCGCCGCGCAGGAGCGGCUCCAGGACGGCCUCCGGCGGGGCAGCCGGCUGGCGGACCAGGCUCUGGGUUACCUCCGCUGCCGGUUUGCGCGGCUCGGCUGCGGCAAUGUCAAGCGUGUGGACCGCGUCAGCCAAAUGUUCCUGUGCUGCUGCCUGCUGCACAACCUGGAGCUGCAGCUGGAGGGGGACCAGGCGAUGGGGGGCCUGGUGGAGGUGGAGGAGCCGGAGGGCCUGCAGGAGGCCGUGCAGUGGACUCCGCAUGACGAGGACACUGGCCGCCGGGAGCAGCUGGCCGCCGACAUGCUUGAGCCGUUGGUGUGACGUCACGUCCGCUGGUGUAAUGUCACGCCAGCGGAUGUGACGGCGUUUCGAGGUUUGCACUGGCCUGAGCCGUUGGUGUGACGUCACGUCCGCUGGUGUGACGUCACGCCAGCGGAUGUGACGGCGUUUCGAGGUUGGCACUGGCGUCGAGUCGAGCCGCGCUGAGGACUGCCGUGGCGCUGUGGCGCGUGCUGGCGGCGGGGGUGUGAUGUGCAGACUCGAUGUGAACUGUUCUGCCGGUAGCCGGGACGGAGCUUUCGCCGUUUUCCAGUCUUGACCUGACCUGUAUCUUGACGUGGUCUUGACCUGACCUGUAUAUUGACGUGGUCUUGACCUGACCUGUAUCUUGACGUGGUCUUGACCUGACCUGUAUCGUGACGUGGUCUGUUCUACUGUCCGAGAGUAAAAAGGCCCAGUGCUAUGUUGACUAAUGGCUCUCAGGCCUUUUUGUCUUUCGAUGACGGCUUGUUAUGUGUACCGCCAUGUUCUAUCAUGUUUGGUCUUGACCCGUCCCAUCUUGUUAUGUGUACCGCCAUGUUCUGUCAUGUUUGGUCUUGACCCGUCCCAUCUUGUUAUGUGUACCGCCAUGUUCUAUCAUGUUUGGUCUUGACCCGUCCCAUCUUGUUAUGUGUACCGCCAUGUUCUAUCAUGUUUGGUCUUGACCCGUCCCAUCUUGUUAUGUGUACCGCCAUGUUCUAUCAUGUUUGGUCUUGACCCGUCCCAUCUUGUUAUGUGUACCGCCAUGUUCUAUCAUGUUUGGUCUUGGCCCGUCCCAUCUUGUUAUGUGUACCGCCAUGUUCUAUCAUGUUUGGUCUUGACCCGUCCCAUCUUGCUCCGUGCAUACGAUCUGUGCCCUGUCCUGCCCUCCUCUGCCCCUGCCCUGCCCUGCCCUGCCCUGCCCUGCCUGCCCUGCCCUGCCCUGCCCUGCCCUGCCCUGCCCUGCCCUGUCGGUGACGGCACGCCUCACGCCCGUCUGGAACUGUUCGCCUCUGGAGUGACUCCUGUGAACUAGCCUGCCCAAGCGGGCCACACCGCCGCCUCGUGUUCUCAGUCGGACCGAAUCUGGGUGGCAUUCUGGACGCCAUGAAUAUCUGCUGUGAACACAUGUAACAUGUUACACGAGAGGAACAAGUACAAAUACAGAGGAUGGGAGAGCG